CGCCUCGGGGCAGGAUGUCCAGCGCGCUGAGCGCCUACGAACUCCAGAGGCUUGACAACAUCCAGGCGAACCAGCGAGCGCUCGCUGAUCUCGGCCUCCCGGACGCAGCCGCGGCGGUGCGAAAGGUCAAGCCACGGGUUGAGCGCUCGAGGCCACCGCCAAGGCCACCGCCGGAAUCUGUGCGCAAGUCGUCGCGGGUUCAAAACCUACCCAAGCGCGACUACACUGAGGUGAGUGAGACAUCCGCUCUUGAACCGCAGCUCUUCCGCAAGAAGUUUCGGCGCGUGGACGCCCAGGCCGUGCGCGUGCGCGAUGAGCCUCCGCUGAGGGGCGCGGCGGGCGCGGCGACUUCGUCGGCGAAGGCUCUCCCGCCGUCGCAGCAGCCCUUCUCCGCCGCGCGACGUGCGCUGCGGACGAGCCGUGCGCGGCUGAGCGUGCAGCACCGGGUCACGCUCCCCGCGAUGCGACGGCUCGCGCGGCGUGGAGGUCUGAGGCGGGUCACGAGGCGGGAGCUAGGGCCCUCUGCGCCGUACUACGCUGCGCCGGUGGUGCCGCGCGAGGGUGGACUCGACCUGCGCCUCUCCUCGCGGUCCGCGACCGGGUACGAGGGCGUGGUGAGGCAUUGCGUUAACGGCCGCGUCUCGUUCAAGGCGCAGGGGCCGUCCGACGGGGGGAGGAAGACGCUCGGCUACUUCGGGACCGCCGUCGAGGCGGCGGUGACGUACGCGCGGCACUGCGCCGAGCUCGAGGCUUCGUCGGGACUUGGCAGCGGGAGCGGUCCGGGGGCGGGAGAGCGUGGCCGGCGAAUGCGCGGACCGUCGAGCACCGGGUACCUGGGAGUGUACCGCUGGGCGGAGGGGCAGCAAGGCAAGCCCUUCAGCGCCUUCUCUCCGCGCCAGGGAGACGCCCGCGUCCGCUUCUCGGACGGAGUCAUUCUCCACUGGAACGAGCGGAACUCGACCGGCUACGAGGGGGUGGCGUACGCGAGGCUGGCCAAGCCGUUCCGCGCCGUCGCGCCGAUGGUCGACGGCUUGCCAGGCGCGCCUCUCGCGCGGCGUUGUGCGGCGUCGGCUGCAGCGUGA